UUCAGACCUUCGCUGGAAAUGGCCCUCUCCGUGGACUCAUCUUGGCCCAGGUGGCGGUGGCGAGUCCCAGACGGCUUCCCGGGGUCUCCAUCAGAGACCACGGCACUGCUCCCUCCAGAGAGGGGGAGGCAGAACCCGAGCCUGCCGCAGCAGCGGGUUGUAGUCCCCAACAACAGCCUUUGCCACCAGGAUUGGGAAAAGGUCUCCAGGAGAUACUCUGGCAACAGAAUCUGCACGACCAAGUACAGCCUCCUCACCUUCCUGCCCCGGAAUCUCUGUGAGCAGUUUCACAGAGGGGCCAACCUCUACUUCCUGUUCCUGGUGAUUCUGAACUGGGUGCCCUCCCUGGAAGUCUUCCACAGAGAGAUCACCAUGCUCCCACUGGCCAUCGUGCUGCUCAUCAUCAUGGUCAAGGACGGCAUGGAGGACCUCAAGAGACACCGCUUUGAUAGAGAGAUAAACCACUCCAGCGUCAGAAUAUAUGAAGGAAAACAGCAGCGCUACGUGCAGAGGUGCUGGAAGGAUGUGCGCGUGGGCGACUUCAUCCAGAUGCAGUGCAAUGAGAUCAUCCCUGCGGACACACUCCUCCUCUUUUCCUCAGACCCCAGCGGGAUCUGCCACCUGGAGACGGCCAACUUGGACGGAGAGACAAACCUCAAGCAAAGAUGUGUCGUGAGGGGCUUCUCCCAGCAGGAGUUGCAGUUCCAACCAGAGCACUUCUGCAAUACCAUCGUGUGUGAGAAACCCAACAACCACCUCAACAAAUUUAAGGGUUACAUGGAGCAUCCUGACCAGACCAGGACUGGCUUCGGCAGUGAGAGUCUUCUGCUUCGAGGCUGCACUAUCAGAAACACGGAGAUGGCUGUUGGCAUUGUCAUCUAUGCAGGCCAUGACACAAAAGCCAUGCUGAACAACAGCGGCCCCCGGUACAAACGCAGCAAGAUGGAGCGGCGCAUGAACACAGACAUCUUCUUCUGCAUCGGGCUCCUCUUCCUCAUGUGUCUCAUUGGAGCUGUAGGUCACGGCCUCUGGAAUCGGAACUUUAAGGAACACCCUCCCUUCGACGUGCCAGAUGCCGACGGCCACUAUCUUCCCCUUGCUCUGGGGGGCUUCUACAUGUUCCUCACGAUGAUCAUCCUGCUCCAGGUGCUGAUCCCGAUCUCAUUGUACGUGUCCAUUGAGCUGGUAAAGCUGGGGCAGGUAUUCUUCCUGCACAAUGACCUUGACCUCUACGAUGAAGAGACCGAUUUGUCCAUUCAGUGCCGAGCCCUGAACAUCACCGAGGACCUGGGCCAGAUCCAGUACAUCUUCUCCGACAAGACGGGGACGCUGACCGAGAACAAGAUGGUGUUCCGGCGCUGCUCCAUCAUGGGCAGAGAGUAUUGUCACCAAGAAAAUGCCAAACGACUAGAGACCCCAAAGGAACUGGACUCGGACAGUGAAGAGUGGACCCAAUACCGAUGCCUGUCCUUCCCAGCCAGAUGGACCCAGGGCCCUGCAACGAUGAGAAGUCAAGGUGGUGCCCAGCCUCUGAGGAGGUGCCAUAGUGCCCGGGUGCCCAUCCAAGGCCACUCCCGACAAAGGUCUGUAGGACGCCGUGAGAGCUCACAGCCUCCUGUGGCCUUCAGCAGCUCCAUAGAAAAAGAUGUGACUCCAGAUAAAAACCUACUGACCAAGGUCCAAGAUGCUGCCCUGUGGCUGGAGACCUUAUCGGAUGCCAGACCACCCAAGUCGUCUCACUCCACCACGUCCUCCAUCGCUGACUUCUUCCUUGCCCUAACCAUCUGCAACUCUGUCAUGGUUUCCACAACCACAGAACCCAGACAGAGGGUCACCAUCCCACCCUCCAGCAAGGCUCUGGGGAUGUCCCUGGAGAAGAUCCAACAGCUCUUCCAGAGGUUGAAGCUAAUGAGCCUCAGCCAAUCAUUCUCAUCCACUGCGCCCUCUGACACAGACCUGGGGGAGAGUUUCAGGGCUAACAUGCCCCCCACAGACUCAGACGAGAAAGACGAUGCCUCUGUGUACAGUGGAGACUGCUCCACAGAUGGCGGCUACAGGAGCAGCACGUGGGACCAGGGUGACAUCCUGGGGUCCGAGUCAGGGGCAUCCUUGGAGGAGGUACCAGGGGGCCCAGCUCUCAGCCUGACCAGCCCCGAGUUCUGUUACGAGGCCGAGAGUCCUGACGAGGCAGCCCUGGUGCAUGCUGCUCAUGCCUAUAGCUUCACACUAGUGUCCCGGACACCUGAGCAGGUGACCGUGCGUCUGCCCCAGGGCACCUGCCUCACCUUUGACCUCCUCUUCACCCUGGGCUUUGACUCUGUCAGGAAGAGAAUGUCUGUCGUUGUGAGGCACCCGCUGACCGGUGAGAUCAUCGUCUACACCAAGGGAGCAGACUCAGUUAUCAUGGACCUGCUGGAAGACCCAGCCCAUGUGGCUGACAUUGAUGUGGAAAAGAAGCUGAAGAAGAUCCACGCCCGGACACAAAAACAUCUAGACUUGUAUGCAAGAGAUGGUUUACGCACCCUGUGCAUCGCCAAGAAGGUAGUAAGUGAAGAAGACUUCAGGAGAUGGGCCAGUUUCCGGCGUGAGGCCGAGGCAUCCCUUGACAACCAAGAUGAGCUUCUAAUGGAGACAGCACAGCGUCUGGAGAAUCAACUCACCUUACUCGGAGCCACUGGGAUCGAAGACCGGCUGCAGGAAGGAGUUCCAGAUACAAUUGCUGCUCUGCGGGAGGCUGGGAUCAAGCUCUGGGUCUUGACAGGAGAUAAGCAAGAGACCGCGGUCAAUAUCGCGUAUUCCUGCAGACUGUUAGAUCAGACCGACACCGUUUACUCCAUUAAUACUGAAAAUCAGGAGACCUGUGAAUCCAUCCUCAAUUGUGCACUGGAAGAGGUCAAGCAGUUCCAGGAGCCACAGAAGCCAGGCUGCAAGCUCUUUGGCUUCCGCCUCCCUUCCAAGACCCCAUCCCCCACCACCAGAGCUAUGGCUCCCGAAGUUGGUGUGGUCAUCAAUGGGAAGACGCUGAAUGUCAUUUUCCAGGGAAAGCUGGAGAAGUUGUUUCUGGAGCUGACCCAGUAUUGCCGGUCUGUCCUGUGUUGCCGCUGCACCCCACUUCAGAAGAGUAUGAUCGUCAAGUUGGUGCGAGACAAACUGGGCGUCAUGACCCUUUCCAUAGGUGAUGGAGCAAACGACGUAAGCAUGAUUCAAGCUGCCGAUAUUGGGAUUGGAAUAUCUGGACAGGAAGGCAUGCAGGCUGUCAUGUCCAGUGACUUUGCCAUCUCCCGCUUCCGGCACCUCAAGAAGCUGCUGCUUGUGCAUGGUCACUGGUGUUACUCACGCCUGGCCAGGAUGGUGGUGUACUUUUUCUACAAGAAUGUGUGCUACGUCAACCUGCUCUUUUGGUACCAGUUCUUCUGUGGUUUCUCUGGCUCCACCAUGAUCGAUUACUGGCAGAUGAUAUUCUUCAACCUCUUCUUCACUUCCCUGCCACCUAUCAUCUUCGGAGUCCUUGAUAAAGAUGUCUCUGCAGAAACGCUGCUGGCGCUGCCCGAGCUCUACAAGAGUGGCCAGAACUCCGAGAACUACAACCUGUCGGCUUUCUGGAUUUCCAUGGCGGAUGCGUUCUACCAGAGCCUUGUCUGCUUCUUUUUCCCCUAUCUGACCUACAGAGGCUCUGACAUCGACGUCUUUACCUUUGGGACACCAAUCAACACCAUCUCCCUCAUCACAAUCCUCUUGCACCAGGCGAUGGAAAUGAAGACCUGGACCCUUGUCCAUGGACUUGUUCUGCUAAGCAGCUUCCUGAUGUACUUCGUGGUCUCCGUGGUGUAUAACGCCACCUGUGUCACCUGCAACAGUCCCACCAAUCCCUACUGGGUGAUGGUGAACCAGCUCUCAGACCCCACGUUCUACCUCAUCUGCUUCCUCACACCUGUCGCGGCUCUCCUCCCAAGAUACUUUUUCCUGUCUCUACAAGGAACUUAUGGGAAAACUCCCAUCUCAAAAGCUCAGAAAAUUGACCAACUGCCCACAGAAAAAAGAAACCUGGAAAUCCAGAACUGGAGAAGCAAACUAAGACCUGCCACUAUUCCUGUAGCAGCUCAGCCCACUCAUGGUCCAGUGCCACCUGUCCCAGAGCAGGACUUCAGGACCAGCACCCCAAAGAGCUCUAGUCCUCCCAAGCGGAAGCACAUGGAAGACUGGGUGUUCCGAGGACAGAGAAGCAGCAGAGAGCAUGGGAGGGAUGGCCCAUGCUCAGGGGACUUCUCAGCUCAACUCUCAUCUGGGGAGCAUCUUCUAGGGCCAAAUAGGACACAGGCUCCCAGAGCUUACUCCAGGGAACAAACGGAUGUGUCCCGGCCCUUGACCAGAGGCAGCCAUCGUCGAUCCCAGAGCUCACUGACCAUAUGA